AGAGUGGCACCGCGGGUCAGUGUGUAUGCACUGACGCAGUUGUUGCUGACAUGAAGAUGGCGUCGCCCGAAGACGGCAGUGGUAGCAGCGGUGGCAGCCUGGUGGACGAGUGCGGGCUGGUGGACGUCUACAAGCUGAAGCAGCAGGUCAACCAUCAAACUGGCAAGCUGAACAAACUCUUCGAUAAGUACAGAUCUCGAGCCGUGAAGAUUGAACGUCUGCAGAAAUACCUUGAGCAGUUAAACAGGGAAAAGGAGGAGAUGUGUCGUCUGCUGGAAGGUGUCAACAAGGAGACAGCGGCUCUGAGGCUGGAGGCAGCCGAACUCCGGUGUACGGUCUCUGCCGUCUGCGACUCGUCGGUUACAACCAUUGGGAAAGAGACGGAGGCCAGACGAUUGGAGCCCACCUGCUACAGGCGAUACACUAACAUCAGAACCGUGGCAGAUGCCUCUAAUGCUCUGGCAGCAGUCAGGUGUCGCAUUAAAGCUUUAAACGAAAUGGAAGUGCUAGUCUACAGAAAACAGCUGAUGUUAAAUCACAUUUUACCCAGCUUGCAUCAGGACGCCGCCCAGCACACCAAGCCUGCACUCCUGCCCAGCAAACACCUGAAGUCUAAGAAAAACGAGCAGACGAGCCACACUCGAGGCAGCAGGAACAAUGUUGUUAUAGAGGUCUUGUCUGAUCCAAACAGCUGGUCGGAGAUGCAAACAUACACGGACUCGGCCGUGACCAUUUCUACAGCCUUGACAACUUCCAUUGACGGCACAGCGUCAGUAGGCCCAGCUCCGGAAACCGACGUUUAA